UCUCUGCUUCUCGGCCAAAAGACGGAGCCUCAAACCGGCAGGACGAUGGAGGUCGCAGCGCUCGGCCGACCGUUCAGUCUUGGGAUGCUGUACGACUGUCGCCAGGACAUGAUCAUUCCUGGAAUGACACUGUGGGACCGCGACGACUUGGAAAGAAAUACAAAAGAGCAACUAAAACCCAGUAGUCAGUUUGAGAUAGUUGCAUCUGAAUCAAUUGAGGAUAAAUCAUCGGCGCUGAAUGUCGAGGCCUCCCUGAAAGCAAGUUUUCUUGGUGGACUGGUCGAGGUAGAAGGAUCAGCCAAAUACCUACAUGAUGAUAAGAAAUCUAAAAAUCAGGCCAGAGUAACACUGAAAUACGAAACAACUACCAAGUUCCAGGAGCUGUCCAUGAAUCAUCUUGGGAAAGGCAAUGUGAAGCAUCCAGAUGUUUUUGAGCAAAGCUUAGCAACACAUGUGGUCGCAGGAAUCCUUUAUGGGGCACAAGCCUUCUUUGUGUUUGACCGUGAGGUGUCUGAAAAAGAAAACCAUCAAGACAUUCAGGGCAACUUGAAAGUGAUGAUCAAGAAGAUUCCCUGCUUUUCAAUAGAGGGCGAAGGUUCCCUAAAAAUGGAAGAUAAGGACACAACAAAUGUUGAGAAAUUCUCUUGCAAAUUCCAUGGAGACUUUUCUCUUGUGAAAAAUCCAGUGUCCUAUCAGGAAGCAGUAGAAGUCUACCAAAGCCUGCCAACAUUAUUGGGAGCCAACGGAGAAAAGGCUGUACCAAUGAAGGUCUGGUUGUUGCCACUGACUAGUUUAGAUUCUUCUGCUGCCAAACUGGUCCGUCAGAUAAGUAUAAGAUUAGUUCAAGAAGUACAAAGUGUCCUGGAGGACUUCAGUGAGCUGGAAAUGAGGAUCAAUGAUGCUCUGAGAUCCACCACUGUACAGCAGUUCCCACAGAUUGGAGAAAAGAUUAAAGGUUUUAAAGAGAUGUGCUCUGAGUUCAAACUGGAAUUCCAACGAACCUUAGCAAAGAAACUUCCAUCAAUCCGAGGAGGAGGAGAAGAAGAGGCUGAGCUGGCAGAGAUCCUGAAGAAAAGACAUUCUUCACCUUUCAACAGCAAAAACCUGAACGAGUGGAUGGACUGUAAAGAGAGAGAAAUCUUCAUUCUAAAAUCCUUCACCAAAAUGAUGAAAAACACGAAGAUCAUCUCAUCUCAAGCUGGUCUAGAUGAAGAACUUUUCAGUGCAAAGCAUGCUGUGUGUUUUGUCUUCACCUCACUGAGAAGUGAUGAACCAUACCUCUCAGCUUUAUCAAACUACUUAAAAGGAACGACCAAAUCAGAACAAAUUCAGGAUCCACGCAUUCACAAUAUAGAGAAAGAACAAUGGUACCGUUCCAAAGAAACAACAGAUGAAAUGAGGAAAAAAGCAAAACUCUCCAGUGAUUUUGCAGAAGCCAACAUGGAAAACAAGAACACAAAGUUCCUGAUGGUGGGUUUAACAAAUGAGACACAGAAAGGUUCAAGCAUCUACCUUUAUGAAGACGGUUUCUCUGUCAGUGAGAACUUUGAGCCGCCUUCAAAGCCUGAAACUGUGACAGCAGCAGACAUAAACCACAACAGUGUGAAUCUGAAGGUUUCUCCUCCCAGAUUUGGAGCAGAGAACAUCACCUCCUACUUUGUGGAGUUCUGUGUCAGAGGAGAGGAGGAAUGGAAGCAAAAGAAAGUGCUGAAAGCUGGAGAAGUCACAGUGAGCGAUCUGAGUCCAAACACAGAGUACAUGUUCAGAUGCAGAGCAGUGACCUCAGCAGGCAUCGGGCCGGCCAAUGUAGUCAGUGACUCCAUUAAAACCUUACCCUGCAGCCCUCCUGGAGAACCUCACGUUGAAGCAAACUCAUGUGAGAUCUCAGUCAGCUGGAAGAAACCUGCUGAGCUCGGACAGGACGUCCAGAUAUUGAGCUACAUCUUGGAGUUUGCACAAACAGACAAUAAGGGGAAACAAGAAGAUUUGCAGUGGAAACAAAUGAAGACAACGGCUGAAGAGGCGAUCAUUUCAGGACUUCAGUCAGAGACAGGAUAUGCAGUCAGGGUCAGAUGUGACUGUGGUGUUGAUGGAAAAAGCAAAGAAAGCAUCACUGUUAACGUCUCUACAACGAAGCGUGAAUUUGCACGUCUGGCCGAAUACCUCAAACACAUAAGCAAGGAAACAAACUCAAACCAGCCCUUAAUUUACAAGCUGCCUCUGGAAGAAGAAGAUGUGGACAUAGACGGCUGCAGGAAGUUUAACUUUGGCAAAGAAGGCAUGAGGCAGAAUCGUACGAUAAUGCUUCUUGGAGCGACUGGAUCAGGAAAGUCGACUCUCAUCAACGGAAUGAUCAACUACAUUGUUGGAGUAGAGUGGAAUGACCAUUUCAGAUUCAAGUUAAUUGAUGAGGAUCAAUCAAAAUCACAAGCUCAUAGUCAAACAUCUGAAGUCACGGUGUACAAAAUCAACCACCAGGAUGGAUUUAAAACCCCCUUCUCUCUGACUGUUGUCGACACACCAGGGUUUGGAGAUACCAGAGGAGUAGCAAGAGACAAAGAGAUCACAGAACAAAUCCGCAGGCUUUUCACCUCCAUUAAUGGAGUCAGUGAGCUUGAUGCAGUGUGUUUUGUUACUCAGGCUUCUCUUGCACGACUAACAGCAACACAGAGAUAUGUGUUCGACUCGGUGCUCUCCAUCUUUGGCAAAGACGUGGCAGAAAACAUCCAGAUGCUGGUGACUUUUGCUGACGGCAAGCAGCCACCGGUUCUUGAGGCAAUAAACAUCGCUGAGGUUCCAUGUCCAAAAAAUGACUUGGGAUUUCCUGUUCACUUCAAGUUCAACAACUCAGCACUGUUUGCAGACAACCAAGGUCACGGGCUCGGUGGUGAGGACUCGGAUGAGGAGGACAACUUUGAUGAAAUGUUUUGGAAGAUGGGGAUCAAAAGUAUGGAGAAGUUCUUCACUGCUUUGGGGAAAAUGAAAACCAAAAGCUUGCUCAUGACCCAAGAGGUGUUGAAAGAACGAAAGCAUCUUGAAACAGCCAUCGAAGGUUUGCAGCCGCAAGUCAAAGCUGGACUGGCAAAACUGGAAGAAAUUAAAACAACCCAACAAAAGAUCAAGGACCACGAAACAGUCAUGACUUCAAAUGAAAACUUUGAGAUUGAGGUGGACGUUACUAAACCAGUCCAAAUACAGAUCACAGAGAAAGGAGCGUACAUUACCAACUGUCAGAUAUGUUCAACAACGUGCCACUACCCAUGUGCGAUAGCAAAUGACAAUGAGAAACGUGGCUGUGCAUCAAUGGAUGGGGCAGGGAUGUGCACUGUCUGUCCUGGAAAAUGUAUUUGGCGUGUUCACUUCAACCAGACAUACAGGUGGGAGUAUGUUAAAGUCAAAGAGAAGCAGACACUGAAAGAGUUAAAGCACAAGUAUGAAAAAGCUUCGCAAGAAAAGAUGACAAUACAGGAACUGAUUGAGAGACAAGAGGAGGAGAUUGGUCAUCUUCAAGACGUGAUAGUGGGCCUCAUGGAUCGGUCAGCUCAAAGUAUUACUCGUCUGCAGGAGAUCUCCCUGAGGCCAAACCCCCUGACCACUCCAGAGUACAUCGACAUGAUGAUCCAAGGAGAAGAAUCAGAGGCCAAAGAGGGCUACCAGGCUCGGAUUCAGUCUCUGGAGGCAGUGAAGGAAAGAGCAACACUCAUCUCCAAAGUAGCCAAACGAGACAAACGUAAAAUAUCAGAGGAGAAAUUUUCAGAGGAAACACAGGAGAGGAAGAAACCGAAAGGCUUCUUCGAGAAAAUUACAAAUUUCUUUGGAUUGUCAGGAUAAACAUCACAAGGUGUGCAGGUCUACAGACAUCUUCGGAUCUUUACAGAUGUCUGUAACUAAGUUUGGUCUCGAUAUUUCCCUCUAUUCUUUUCAUUAAUAAAACUUCUCCAGUAUUUAGAAAAUGUUUCUGAUACUUCUGAUUAGUGCUGGUCGAUAUGGAAAAAAUCAUAUUUUAUAUCACAAUAACAAUAUAUGUCAUGAUAUACCACGAUACCACAAGUUUUUCAUGGACCUUCUGUAGCUGAUAGAAGAGGUUUGUUGUGUUGACAUCAGGCGCGGGAAUAGUCUUGUAGCAUAGUUUGCAUAUGAUCGUGUUCUGCUCCGUGUCAGACCUCUUGAACCCAAAAUAUAACCAACUCACAGACGUACCCCCUCUUUUUGGUAAAAGUGCUUCUUCUUGGGCUGCCUGCAUAGCUGUCUCUGUCUGUUGCGACUCCAGGCAUGAAACUUCAACCUGUUGCGAGUCCAUCGUUCAGCACUCAUGAGUUAAGUAAUAUAAAGCAUGUCGCAAACCUGCGUGAGAAUCAAAGAACGUAAACCCACAAGACAGAGUUUCUUUGCAAAAAAUCUCUUUUUUAUUCUUCUUUAUUUUCACUAAUAUAAACUUAGAGCAUGCAUAGUGACAAGAAAACUGUCAUACCAUCGUCGCAGGCUAUUUAAUGAUAUAUUUGCUGUAAUAAUUGAUAAAAUUAGGUUAGAAACUGUUAACCGUUCCUGCUCAGUUGCCCGACCAUGGUCAGAAAGGACAGGGGAGGUUGGUUCUCCGGGGCCGAAGUUACUGCAGUUUACUCCGGGGUUAACCCCCUUCACUUUACCAGCAGUUGUAGAAGGCAAAACACAGGAGCCCGGCCUUCUCUGAGAAUGCUGCAGCCUUUAUUGCAGAUAGACUUUGACUAUACCGUAAAGUUGCAAUAACCCAGAAGCUACGCUUAUCUUAACUCUUCUUCUCUUAACCGGCUCUCGUCUUCACUCGCUCCUGCUGCAUUCAGGGUCGCUCGGAUAACUCGCGCUCGCUCGCUCUCUCUCUCUCUCUCUCUCUCUCACUCACACACGCUGCUCUCUCUAUCGCGAUAGAAACGAUAGAAUAGAAAUGUCACAACAGACACUUUUCUUUCGUUCCUACAAUAUGUAUCGUCAUAUCGCCCAGCACUACUUCUGAUCAUUAAUUAUAGGCUCAAGGUUCUUGAUUAAUGACAUUUUGUUGUGAGUGUGGCUUUUUAGCGUUUAAAUUUACUUGCAUAAAUUCUAAUGUGACAGCUGUUAAUGUUUCAUGAUUAAAAACAGAAGGUUGCUAUAAACUGUGCAAGUUAAAGCUGAAGUCUGUCAAGUUGGUGAUUUUAUUUUUAGAUUUGAGACCCAAUAUGUUUAUAUUUUUGGUGAGCUGAUUAGAAAGAAAAGUCAUUUGAUAACUGAGGUGUUGGUACCCGAUGUGACAGAAAAUAAAGUUUUACUGUCUGUUAAAUGUUAUGUGACUGAGCUGGAAUAUUAAAUGGAUUCUGUUGGAAAUGCA